CUCGUUUGCCCGCCCUUCACACUCCUCGGUCCCGCGAGACAUUCCCCAGGUGAAUGGCAUCAAAACAGAUUGCCACCACUCAGCAGCAGUGCUCCAAGUACAAGUACGUCGUCACCCCCACCGGGCCCAAGAUCCUCCCCGUCCCCGAACCUUCGUCGAAGGACGAAGAGUCCCCCGCAGAAUACAACUCGGGAGGUUACUUACCCAUCAAGGUAAAGGAUACUUUUAAGGACGGACGCUACCAUGUCCUGCGCAAACUAGGUUGGGGCCACUUUUCCACCGUGUGGCUCGUCAAGGACACGCGCGAAAACCGCCACUCAGCCCUCAAGGUCGUCAAGUCCGCCGGCCGCUACGCCGAAACCGCCCGAGAUGAGAUCAAGCUCCUCCGCCGCGUCGCCGCCGGACCAACGUCCCAUCCAGGCCGCGAGCACGUCGUCGCCUUCUUCGACGCUUUCCAGCAUGUUGGUCCGACCGACACGCAUGUAUGCAUCGUUUGUGAACCGCUAGGCGAGAACCUGUUGAGCUUGUUGGAACGCAAUAAGAAGAAGGGCGUUCCGAUCAAUCUCGUGAAGGUCAUAGCCAAGCAAGUGCUGCUCGGCUUGCAAUAUCUUCACGAUGAAUGCGACCUAGUACAUACGGAUAUCAAGCCGGAGAAUAUCAUGAUUUCCAUUCCGGAUGUUGAAUCGCACAUCCAAGCGGAGCUUUCCAUGUCGCCGUCCCCGACUUCGCGGCGCGUCGGUGUGCCCUUGCCGACCAAGACCCGAUCUGGUGUGCGGAUUGCCCGUCCCGCCAACCAGGCACGCGACGGCCAUUUAGCCCGGCAGGUCGAGAUAUUCGACUCGCAGCCGCUUUCUUCGCCCUCCACCUCCGCCGGCUCCUCGCCGCACGUUCGCAGAGGCCUGCAGAUGUCCAGCCUGAGUCAGAGUCAUACCGCGGGCACCAGCACCGCGAAGGCCAACUCGCACUCGGCCCCCAGCUCGGUGAGCACGACGCCGGCGUCGAUCGAAAGCGUUCUGGUAUCAGCCUCGGUGGCCGCUUCGAGCACGCCACCGACGUCGCUGGGGAGCGAGAUGUCCAAGCUAGCGUUGUCCUCUACCAGCCCAGAGUCCGUUCGCCCGACAUCCGGCUCUGAGGCGUCUGUUUCUCCCGUUGAAUCUGCGACCGCCAUACAGCCACACUGCAGCGAAGCGCUCGCGAAACCUUCGGGGCCUUCGCUGCUAUCUCAAACCGCCCCUUCACGCGAGCACCAGUUAGAAAGCGAUACCCUAGCCGCUCCCACGCCCUCUGUCGCCACAUCCACCACCAUCACCCCAGUUGGCACCACCGCACCCACUCCCGUGCCAGCGUGCGAACCGACCCCCGAAGAGACCCUCCCGCUACCUCCAAUUCCGCCAAUAUCCGUCAAGAUCGCCGACCUCGGCAACGCCACGCCUACCAAGAAACACUACACGGAGGACAUUCAGACCCGCCAAUACCGCUCGCCCGAAGCGAUCGUCGGUCGUUCCGACUGGGGCCCGAACGCGGACAUCUGGUCGCUCGCCUGCGUCAUCUUCGAGCUCCUCACCGCCGAGUUCCUGUUCGACCCCCAGGGCCAGGGCGAGCUAUUCACCAAGGACGACGACCACAUGGCGCAGAUCAUCGAGCUCCUUGGCGACUUUGAGCUCGAAGCCAAGAUGCACGGGCGAUACAGCCGCGAGAUCUUCGACAGCACUGGCUCGCUGCGCUACAUUAAGACACUCAAGGUGUGGCCGCUCGACCGCGUGAUGGUCGAGAAAUACCUCUUCAAGGAGGAGGACGCGCAGGCGUUCUGCGCCUUUAUGCUCCCCAUGCUGCAGCCCAACCACAAGAAGCGGGCGCAGGCUAGGGACAUGAUCGACCACCCGUGGUUGGACGUGAGCAACGUCACAUUCGAUGAGCCGUGGUGAACACACAAUCAUGCUACGCUGAAUGCCGAACAAACAAACAAAGAAAUCAGCUCAACGCGCAACCUACCUCCAUAUAAUUUAUUGGGUCCUCUGCGCGCCGCUUUCCUGGUCUCAAGCCACCCAACGACGAACGACACAUUCCGGCCCACGACACGUACCCUAACCUGUACAGGUAAUCCGUAUCUUAUUCGCUCCGCCAUUAGAGCAGCUCCCGGGUGGUGCCGCGGCGGAAUAGAGACGCCGUGCACCCCGCCUCCAAUUGUUUCCAUAACGCCGCUUUAUUAUUUGCCCCCCAUUCCCCAUUUCCCCUCCCC